GGGUUGAAGGAAGCUGCUCGGCCCGGCAGUCGGACUCGGAGCGGAGGGGGACUCGACGGCGAGGGCUGCAGGCGGGCGGUGUGUGUGUGUGUGUGUGUGUGCGCGCGAGCUGGCGACGGACACGGCUUUCCUAACAUCUCCCCCCCCGGAAAAAGAGAGAAAAGGCAACGCGGGCGAUGAACACACAUUUCCCGUAGAGUCGCUUCCGUGCCACGCAUCGCUGGAUUGAACAAUGUGAUUGUGAUCGGAGGCAGCCGCACUCCAAUGGUCGAGGACCUCACCUCUCUUCAUUAGAAUGUACUUGAUGAAUGUACCUCCUGUCGCAGCGACGCAAACAAAAUGGAGAACAUGUGGCCCACCCGGAGGCUAUAGCCUUCCAAUCUGCUUCAAUGACUCUGACAGCGAGUUGUCCACCAGAGGCACGCCUAUCUCAGAUAAGGUCCAGAUGAUCAUAGAGAGCCUUCGGAGCACCCAGUCCUCACUCGAGAUGGGCGACGAGAUCGAGGAAAAUGUGCCAUCGGGACACGAAGGUCAUCCCCAAGUCUGCAAGGUUGCAAUGGGUUCCUACGUGGGCCCCCAAUCCAAAGCUCAAGGUCCCACAGAAAACCAACCGUCAGAUGUUGCCUCCCCAAUGAACCGUGAGAGUAGUGACUCUGACAGCGACGAUUCUGUGGACCGAGGAAUCGAGGAGGCCAUACUGGAAUACCUGAAGGAAAAGGACGAUCACAAACGCAAGGCGGAACCAUGCUUGGCCUUUCUCCAAUCGUCCAAAAUUCCCAGGAAAAGCCCACCUGUUCCCGAGGAUUCCAAACAGGUCUCUGACAGCAAUACAUUUUUGAUUGCCAGUAGCCGGCUUCCGAAAGCUAUCAAAGCUGAGACUUCCACACCACCGGCCCUUACACCUAUAAAAAAGCAUAUCAAAAACAGGGCCUUCCUAAACGACAACACAGUUGAGAAAUUGGAUUCAAACAAAAGUGCAACUGACACAAGUUUAGCCUCGCCCACGGAGCAGGCAAAGCGUCUCUCCAAAACAAUCGACAAAGUGCAUUGCUCGACCAAAGUUGAGGUAGAUGAAGAGUCGAGCGACUCCAGCAGUGACGACGGCAUUGAGGAAGCCAUUCAAAGAUACCAGCGGGAGCAAAAAGAGCAGCAGAACAAGACGGAAACUGUCAAUCCGCACGCGUUCGUAGAAGAGUCCGACUCCACCAGCGACGAUGGGAUCGAGGAAGCUAUUCGUUGCUACCAGCUCGAGCAAAUCAGGGAUAAGAGCGUCCUGAAGCCAUUCUUGCACAAUCAGAAACCCUUUACUAAGUCAUUCGUACCUGCUGUUGGAAGUACAAGCACGGAAAACAUGAAGAAACACAGACUGAGAAAGAAAAAGACCAGAGCUGAGAAAGAAGCUAAGUCUCUUCAACAUCCUCCGCCUUCUCUUUUCCUACCCAAGAGUGCUCUUUUAGAGAGCUCGAAUGGGAAAGGAAACGGAUCGCUUUUGUUCGAGGAAGAUGGUUUGAAGGAGCAACCUACCCCAGCCCCUCCAAAAGUUAAUACAACUGCUGAGCUCAUGUGCGCUGAGGCAAUACUGGACAUUUCAAAAACCGUCAUGCCCGAGGCCUUCCAUCAUAGUGUUGGCCUCAGCAGUUGCACUCCUACCGAAUCUUCCUUGCAAUCCUCGCCCCCUGACAACCGGCCCGGUGAAGAAAGCGAUGGCAGUUCCAUUGAUAGUGAAGAUGGGAUUGAGCAAGAAAUCCGGAAAUUUCUUGAGCAGAAGGCCGAAAUGCAAAAACUGCUGCCCACCGCUACGACUCAAAAGCCUCAACCGGAGGAAGGGAAAGCAAAAGUGGCAACUCUAAAGAAACCAUCAAGAUUGUCGUUGACACAGAGAAGAAGACACAAAGAGGGAAACGGCAGCGUUUCCAUCGCGUCGGGCACAGAAGACAACGUCAAAGAGACGUCCCUUAAACCUGGACAAGAGUCCGGCCCACUGGCAUUUUCCCAGGGAAGUCAAACACACCCAAUAGCUGGAGUAUGCAAGGUGGAGCAGACCGGAGACAAAAGCAGCUCGCUUGACAGUGAUGAGGACCUCGACACCGCCAUCAAAGACCUGCUGAAAACAAAAAAGAAGUCAAAGAAAAAAACAAGAGACUUGAAGCGGAAAUCAAGGGUGAGCCCCAGGGAGGAAGAACCACACCGGGGAAAUGAUUCGGAGAACAAAAAGUUUAAACCUGAUCCUCUUGUCAAGCGCAGUCUUUUGAAACAACUAGAAAAGAGUAAGGAGGACAUGAAAGACAAGGCUGGACUGAGUAAAAAGAGCCUUUCGCAACAUAAACCUCAGAGUAAGAGUAAAGAGCACGAUGAUGAAGGGGAACCAGCAGCUGGGGGUCAAGUCACCACGUUGUCGCUCAAUGCUCGGACUGCUCUCGAGAUGAAGGAAGACAGCAGUUCAGUGGACAGCGACGAUAGCAUCGAGCUGGAGAUCAGAAGGUUUCUGGCUGAAAAGGCCAAAGUUUCCACCGCAGAGAAAAGCAAAGACGGGGACGUGUCGAGGAACGGCACCGCCGCGGUUUGUACAGCACUUCGAGAUGAAGACAUCAAACGGGAAAAUCAGCUGGCUGAGAUUCCAAGUAUCUGUCCUCUCUCUGGACAGUCUCCUCCGAGGAGCCGCCCUCUUCCAACGCCGAACAUCUCCCCAGACGGUGCACAGUCACGGCUGUCAUCGGUCCAGUCCUGCAGCCAGAGUCCUUUGGAGCCGGCAGACGGGGCGGGGGCCGCCAGAACCGAGCAGUGGAGGCCCGGCCGAGACGUCGCCCCGCAGCUCGAGAGGGUUCGACCAGUUGCGGGUCCUAACCUUGCGGAGUCGAUCAAGUGGCGCCAGAGCCUCGGGCUCCCGGCGACGGACACCAGGACUACCAGUCGUUCUCCGUUCCAUAUCACGUCCUCCAAAAUGAGCGAGACCGCAUCGGGAGCUCCCCCGUAUCAAAGCGGGGGCCACAAAUCACAGACGCCGGUCACCGCUUGGUCCUCCGCGAGAACCAGCAGAGCGCCUUUUCCCUGCUCCACAGAGACGAGUGUGAACGCCACCUACAGGUUCCCCGUUUUCACUCAUUUGUCAGCUGCCAGGCAGCCACCACGGACGCCGUUUGCACGGAGCCUUGCGCCCGGCCACAGAUCGCAGCGCCCCGUAGAAGGAGAGGCGCAGAGCAUGGUGCACAUGUCGAAGGACAAGAGUGUGUUUGUCGAACUGGAAUCUAAUAGGACCAACCAUGUCCAGGUUCGAAGCAGGGAGAGGCGAGAGGGAAGGGAGCAAGCGGACUUGCUAAGCGAGAUAAAGAGAGAAGGCGAGAGCGUGGAGAUAGACGACAAACGAGUGCAUCUAGGAAGAGCAGAGGAGGAGUUUAUAGACGAGGCAGAUUGUGAGUCAGCAAACAGGAGAAACCCAGAGAAGAAGCAGGGCUUUCCCACAUUGUCUUUGUCCAGCGCUAUUGACCCUGGCAUGACCUUCAGACCUUGCAUAGCUCUUACCACAGAGGACAGGAGCAGGAUGUUCAACAGGAGUUACCAAGCGGAAAAGUGCAAGAAGGGGGUUCCUACUCGCAGUAGUGCAAAGAGCAAGGCUAUGCAAAGCGUCAAGAGAAGGCUUCAGUUCAUUCCAGUGAACAGGAAAAAAGAAGCACCCGGCGACCACAGCGUGACAAAAUAAAAACCUAAUUCUGCCUUUGUUGAUUUUACAGUAUGAGGGUUGUUCAGUAUUUAAUGUAUAAUAAUACUUCUGCACUUCAUCAAGAGCGUACGUUUUUUGAAUGUCAGGUUUGCGCUUUAGAUUUGAUGUUGCAGGCGUUGGAGCUUUAUUUAGCAUUUUUGCACGGCACAUAGUUUUUUUUUAGUUUUGAUUUUUAGAAAAAUAAAUAAGGUUUUGCCCCGUUCGUAAUGUUGCAGGUUCAAUAUUAAAGAGAUUCUCAAAAAUGGGUAACGCCAAUGGAAAAGUAACUUAUUAAUGCAGCAAAUGAAGGGCAUUUAUUUAGUUUUUUUGUUGCAUUUUUGGACAAAAAGUUUAACAUCCGUUUUUCAUGUUGCUACUAAAUAAUUAGAUUUUACUGGUGGACGAGUUUUCGUUAAGUGGCUAUUUUAUAAAUAUCACUGGGUUGUCCUGUACCAGAUAGAUGCUAUUACAUUGUUUCUCAUACUCCAGCAUGUCUUUUUGUAGGAAUUGUCAUCUACAAAUCUUUGUUGCAUAUCAGGUGUGUUUUAUUAACAUUAACAUUGGUUUAUGUUCUUUUAAAAUAUG